UGACUAUAUUCCUCCUAAUAUGCAAACAAACGCUAUUACUCUUGACAAAAACUCAGUUGAUCUAACAAGUAUUGAUAACAAUAAUUAUGGUUCAAUUAAUCCGUUGGUUGAUCAGAAUUCAAUCAACUCAGAUAACAUUACUCAUCUAAACCCUGUUAACAAUAACAAUCUUACUAAUAAUAAUUUCGUUGGUGACAAUACCCAUCAAAACUCUUCAAGGAACGAUGUCCUUGGCCAGAAUCAAUUUAAUCCAACGAUGAGCAUUAAUUGUCAAAGCUCUGCCGACAAUAUUUUCUUUGGACAGAACUCAAAACCAACUAAUGUUUAUAGCAUUUCAGCUUCAAAAUAUCGUGAAUCAAUUGCUAUAUAG